AUGUUUGAUGAUAGGGGAAUGGUGGAUCAAAGUAUUGAAAAUAGAGAUAUCUCGGACCAUACUCCUAUCAGUUUGCGUGUUGGUUUGGUUGAUUGGGGUCCUAAACCUUUUCGAUUUAACAACGUGUGGUUCAACCAUAAGGAUUUUAAGUCUUUUAUCUCAGAAGAAUGGGGAAAGUUUAAUGUCAUUGGAAAGGGGGAUUCCAUCUUGUUUGAGAAACUUAGAAGGUUGAAAGCUAGUCUUCACGUUUGGAAUAAGGAGGUUUUUGGGUGGAUUGAUUUAAAAGUCAAAGAGGAGGUGGAUAGUCUUAACGUGUUGGAUAAGUUGUUGGUGGAGAACAUCGGAGAUAAUAUGGAAGCGUUAGUUGAUAGUAGGCGGAAGGUUUCGAAGGAGUUAUGGCAUAAUUUAAACUUGAAAGAAAGUAUGCUUAGACUAAAAUCUAGCCAACUUUGGUUAAAAGAGGGAGAUAAGAAUACUAGAUUUUAUCACAAUUCUAUUAAGGAUAGACAAAGAAUAAGCUCAAUCUCAUCUUUAGAGGGAAGGAACGGUAGAGUUGAGGGAGUGGCCAACAUCAAGAAAGAGGUUUUAUGUUAUUUUCAAGAGUUUUUCAACGAAGAAAAUAAUGAAAGACCUAUACCGGAAGACUUGCUUAUAAACCGAUUGUGUGAGGAAGAUGCCAAGGGGUUGGAAAGACCUUUUUCGAAAGAAGAAAUUAGGGAAGCCGUGAGUAUUUCGGAUGGAGUUCUUGUGGUGAAUAAGGUGAUGGAUCUUGAUAAAAGGGAGAAGAGAAAUUGUGUGGUUUUAAAGGUAGACUUCGUAAAGGCUUAUGAUCGGGUUAGUUGGAGUUUCUUGAGAUAUGUUCUUGGUCGGAUGGGGUUUGGAGUUAGAUGGAUGAGAUGGAUGGAAGGUUGCAUCUUCUCCAAUAGUAUGUCCGUUCUUAUUAAUGGUAGCACAACAUUGGAUGUCAAGGUGGAAAAGAGGUUACGCCAAGGAGAUCCGUUGUCCCCCAUUUUUAUUUGUUUUGGUAACGAAGGUUCUGACGACUUUAAUGAGGAAAGCAAAAGAAAAUUGGAGAGUUCCGAGGAUUUAAGGAUUAAUGUUGGGAAUUUUAUUUUAGAGGCGACUUCAAAAUAUCUUUCGUGCAAAGUUGGAUAUUUAUCGUUUAAGUUCCUUGGUGUUAAAGUGGGUGGUAAUCCUAGGAAUCUUUCAAUGUGGAAAGAGUUGCUUGCGUUCUUAUGGAAGUGGUUGGCCGUGUGGAAAGGUAAGAACCUUAGCAAAGCGGGGCGAGUGGUGUUGAUUAAUUCGGUGCUUAAUGCUAUUCCAAUUUAUUCGUUAUCUUUUUAUAAGGCGCCGACUAAGAUGCUUGGUGAGAUUCAGUCUAUUCAAAGCAACUUUUUAUGGAGCGGGGGAGAUCUUAGAAGAACGAUACAUUGGGUGUGUUGGGAUACUGUUUACAAAUAUAGAGAGGAAGGCAGCUUUGGUGUUAAAAACGUGGAAAUCAUGAAUGUGGCGCUUAUUAUUAAGUGGGAGUUGAGGAUUUUAGUCGAGAAUGACGCGAUUUGGUGUGGUGUUCUAAAAGCUAGAUAUGGGAAUUCGAAAUGCAAGGUUCUAAUUGGUGAUGUUUCUGUGGUGGGAAAUAAAGAUUCUAUUUGGUGGAGAGAUGUUUUGUUAUCGGAUAAUUAUGAUUGUUUACUUGAUAAACAUUUUGCGGGGGCGGUGGAUGUUAGAGUGGGGAAUGGAGAUGCUACUCCCUUUUGGUAUGCUUGCUGGUUCGACCAAGCAGUCCAUUGA